CUUUCGAUUGUGUGACUUCUGAUCCUGACUUCCUCCAACUGCUGACAAGCUGCUGCCUCUUGACUCUAAAGUUUUCUUGUUUUGAUGAGAAAGAAUCUCCAGAUCCAGUCCCAGACCUGGCCCCCAUGCUGCUAAGGCUCUUGCUGUUGAUCUGUGCUCCACUCUGUGAACCAACUGUGCUGUUUGUGACAGUCAGCCCCUCUCCGCCUAUAGAGGGGAACUCAAUGACUCUGGCCUGUAAUACCUGGACCCCUCCACAAACGUUAGAUCCCCCUCCACAGAAGUUAGAGGUUCAGCGCCAGUUCUGUUUCUACAAAGAUGGCCUGGCCCUAGGGCUGGGCUGGGACAGCCUCCCUGAGCUCCGGAUUCCCACUGUGUGGAGGGAGGACUCAGGAUCUUACUGGUGUGAAGCCAAGAUGACAUCACUCAAGGUCAUACGGAGCCCGAGAGUCCAGAUAAAUGUGCACAGUAUCCCCAUCAGUAAGGUGAGUUUGGAGAUCCAACCUCCAGAUGGACACCUGAUGGUGGGAGAGAAGCUGGUUCUUGCCUGCUCAGUCACUGGGGGCACAGGAGAGAUCACCUUCUUCUGGUACAAAGGAUCCCUGGGUUUAAAGCUGGACAUGAAGACCCAGCUUUCACUGAAGGCCAAGUUUGAGAUCCCUGCAGUGAGGGAGAGUGACUCUGAGCAGUAUUACUGUGCAGCUGAGAAUGGCUAUGGCCCCAGGCUCAGUGAGCUGGUGAACAUCACCGUCAGAAUUCCAGUGUCUCGUCCUGUCCUCAUCCUCAGGGCUCCCAAGCCAGACGCUCUGGUGGGGAAUGUGGUGGAGCUUUUCUGUGAGGCCCAGAGAGGCUCUCCCCCAAUCCUGUACCAUUUUUAUCAUGAGAAUGUCUCCCUGGGGAGCAGCUCAGCACCCUUUGGAGGAGGAGUGUCCUUCAACCACUCUCUGAUGGCAGAACAUUCUGGAAACUACUCCUGUGAGGCCAACAAUGGCCAGGGGGCCCAGCGCAGUGCAGUGGUGACACUCAACAUCACAGUGCCUACGGAGGAUAGAAAAGAACCUCUUACUUCUGGAGUCAUUGGGGUGCUGCUUGGCAUCCUCAGUCCCACCGCUAUCGCCCCGUUAUUUUGCUGUUGGCUCAAGAGAAAAAGAGGGAGACUUUCAGCCAGGGAUCCACCCAGGAGCCCUCCCAGACCUGCACCCCAACAAACCACCUAUAUCAACUCCCAAGCCCUGAAGCAACUACAGCCUGUAUAUGAAAACGUGAAUGUUGUAAGUGGGGAUGAGGUUUAUUCUUUGGUGUACUGCACGCAGCAGGAACGGCCAGCAACAGCAGAAGAACCCUCAGGGACAAAUAUUGAGGAUAAGGACUCCUCAGCCAUCUACUAUAGGCUAAUGGCAGAUCUUACAGAUGUGGACUAUGAAGAUGCUAUGUAAAGCAUGCGGAAGUUCCUGGCCAGGGAUCCAUCUCCUGAACUGCAGCAGUGACAACAUCAGAUCCUUAACCUGCCAGACCACGAGGGAAUUCCUGCCAAUCAUCUUAGAGAACUUGUUGCCACCAUUGUGUCCUAUCCCCUUCACUAUGACAACACUUUUCUCUAACAACUCAUUAUUUCAUUUUUUCACCUGCAAAACUCACUUUCACAGAAACCAUUUCCAUAGAGAACAUAUUGGAAUCAAUGAAAGGAUAUGAGUAUUUUAAAAAAUCUCCUUAGAUGUCUAUGAAAACUUAUAACUGCACAAACCCCUUCACCAUCUUUUGCUUGCUCCUCUCUCUACUCUCUUCCUUCACUUCCAUCCAUCAGGACUCUAUGCCUUCCUGGCUGGCCAGGAUAAGGGGGAAUUGCAGACCACUGUCCUCAGCAGACAAGAACUUGAGGAGAAGCUCGGGGAUCAGCUCUGGUCCCAGGGAAAGGAAAACAGACCCUCUUCCAGCCACAAAUAAACCAUUUACCUCUGCAGAAGGUUAAAAUAGCAUCUCUUAAUAUACUUUGAGGUGAGAAAGCCCAUAGAACCCAGGUCUUUUUAAAUGAAUCUUUUAAAAAAUAUAUAAAUAGCAUAUGCUUAUUGUAGGAAUACUAGAAAAUACUGAUAAGCAAAAUAAAAAUCACCUUUAAUUAUAUUAUUCAGA